AUGCAUGUAUUCAUGAACCUGACGGAGUUUAACCAGUCUGAUCUCUGUGAGCAUUUCUCCUGUCCAGAGAGAUCCUUAUCUCCUGCAGUUUAUAUCUUACUGUACGUGUGUUCAGCUGCUGUGGUUCUUCUAACAGUGUGUGGAAAUCUUCUCGUCAUCAUCUCUGUUCUUCACUUCAAGCAGCUUCACACACCAACAAACCUGCUCGUGCUCUCUCUAGCGGUGUCGGAUUUCCUCAUCGGUGCUCUAGUGAUACCGCCGGUGUUAAUCUGGGCCAUUGAGUCAUGUUGGAUUUUUGAUAAGCGGUACUGCAUCAGUUUUUUGAUGACUGGUUAUAUUCUCACGAGCCUCUCCAUUUAUAAUAUUGCUCUGAUCGCUAUGGAUCGGUAUCUGGCUCUCUCAAACCCCUUUCUCUACAUGAACACAAUCUCUAGGAGAACUAUGAGCAUUGUGGUUUUUUCCAACUGGUGUGCUUCUCUGGUGUAUAACAUAUCACUCUGUUAUUUUAACAGAAGCUUCACACGUUCUGUAAUGUGUCCUGGAGAAUGUUAUCUUUUUCUAAAUGAGGUUUGGUCUGUAAUUGACCUUGUAAUAACGUUUAUAUUUCCAUGUUCUAUCAUAAUCAUAUUGUAUACUCUAGUGUUUGUGAUUGCUAAGAAACAUGCCACUGCUAUCAGAGAGCUUAAUAAUCACACACGGCCUAAAACACAGAAAAUCACCUCACACUCGAUGAAAUCUGAGAGAAAAGCAGCUAAAGUCCUGGGCAUUUUAGUGUCUGUGUUUCUGAUGUGUUUACUUCCGUAUUUUAUUUUCAGUUUAUUAGGUGAUGUUAUUGAACUACAGACAGAAACAUUUCUGAAAGUCUUUAUUGUACUUUAUCUUAAUUCCACCAUUAAUCCUGUUAUUUAUGGUCUGUUUUACCCGUGGUUUAGGAGGUGCAUUAAAUUAAUUAUAACUCUGCGAAUAUUCCAAACUGACUCUGCUUUAAUAAAUGUUCUUUCAUGAAGGUGUUUUGGACAAUGUGUAUGGAUGUAUAUACAAGAACACUGACACUCAGCAGGGUUAAAAGUCUGAGACCACAAUGAGAAAAUUUGGGAAGUUUUUCUUUUUAUUUAAACCUGGAAUUAAUCAAAUUAUAUACAUUUUAGAACAAAGAAAGGAAAUGUUCCAUAUCUUGAAUGUUCAGUAUUCAUGAUUCUGCAUUUAUAGGUCACGAUUUAAAUCCAAGCAAAUUUGUGAUAUUGAUCUUGUUAAUUUUAUAUAAAAAGUCAGAGUCUUAUCCUUUCCAUUCAAGCAUGUGUUCAGACAGGUUUUGCAGAAACUUUGGAAAAACUUGUGGAGUCCAUGCCAGCGUGAGUACACACUGUGAUUAAAGCAAAAGCGGGACAUACCAAACACUAAG